UGUAGUCCACUUGAUGCUGCGCACGCUAGGAGUCGGUAGUGGAGCCUCCAGCCCAGGUGGCGCUGUAGUCCCAUUGACCUCCGAGCAAGGCACCCAGACUGCUCAGUGACUGCGGCGGGCGGAGCCUAGGACGGAGAGUGAUGGCUGCUGUGGCUGUGGCUGUUCGCGAGGACUCGGGAUCCGGGAUGAAGGCGGAGCUGUCUUCUCAGCCUGGGGGAGGAGGCAGGGAGAUGACCCAAGAAGAGAAGCUGCAGCUUCGGAAGGAAAAGAAACAGCAGAAGAAGAAACAGAAGGAGGAAAAAGGGGCAGAACCAGAAGCUGGCUCUGCUGUAACUUCAGCCCACUGUCAAGUAGGGCCAGUGAGAGAACUGCCAGGACCCAGCAGGCAGUUGGAGGGUACUCCUGGUGAGAAAGUUCCAGCUGGUCGGAGUAAGGCUGAACUUCGUGCUGAGCGCCGGGCCAAGCAGGAGGCUGAGCGGGCCCUGAAACAGGCAAGAAAAGGAGAGCAAGGAGGGCCACCUCCUCAGGCCUGCCCCAGUGCUGCUGGAGAAACCCCUUCAGGAGUGAAGCGAGUCUCUGAGCACACUCAGGCUGAUGACCCCACACUUUUGAGGAAUCUUACUAAAAAAACAGAACGACAACAGGUUCCUACGCGAAAGGAUUAUGGAUCAAAAGUCAGUCUUUUCUCCCACCUACCCCAGUACAGCAGACAAAAUUCCUUGACCCAGUACAUGAGCAUCCCAUCCUCUGUGAUCCACCCAGCCAUGGUGCGACUCGGCCUGCAGUACUCCCAGGGCCUGGUCAGUGGCUCCAAUGCCCGGUAUAUUGCUCUGCUUCGUGCCUUGCAGCAGGUAAUUCAGGAUUACACAACCCCUCCCAAUGAGGAACUCUCAAGGGAUCUUGUGACUAAGUUAAAACCCUAUAUCAGCUUCCUGACUCAGUGUCGCCCCCUGUCAGCAAGCAUGUACAAUGCCAUCAAGUUCCUUAACAAGGAAAUCACUGCUGUGAGCAGCUCCAAGGUUUCCAAGGUGCUAUUGGGAGCUCAUGCACUUCUGGCCAAUGGAUCUGUGAUGUCACGGGUAGGGACAGCACAGCUGGCCUUAGUGGCGCGAGCCCAUAACGUGCCAGUGCUGGUCUGCUGUGAAACAUACAAGUUCUGUGAGCGCGUACAGACUGAUGCCUUUGUCUCUAAUGAGCUAGAUGACCCUGAUGAUCUGCGGUGUGAGCGGAAAGAUCAUGUGGCCCUGGCUAACUGGCAGAACCACUCAUCACUACGGCUGUUGAAUUUGGUUUACGAUGUGACUCCUCCAGAGCUUGUGGACCUGGUCAUCACAGAGCUGGGCAUGAUCCCUUGUAGUUCUGUACCUGUUGUCCUACGAGUCAAGAGCAGUGACCAGUGAGGGUGAAACACGAUCAAUAAAUGACAUACAUCCUCCCCUUA